AUGUCUUCAGGUUAUGAUGAAGGUCCAGUAUAUUACAGGGAAAUACAAAAGAAUGCAUAUCUCAAGAGAAUACCUAAUGAUAUUAGUACAAGUAAAUUACGGCCAUUGGGUCAUAAGAAACCCCCCUUAAAACCAAUGUGGACGCUAUUUUGUGUUCACAACGGUCGCACCCCCUUCCUUGAACAGUACCCGGAUGCUGACUCCCCAAACACGCUAGCGCACAAGCCUUUGUGGCGAGCGUGCUUGAAAACUGCACGUCACGUGACGGCCAGCGUGAAGCCGCAUGUGGGAGAUGAAUAUGAUUUCCUAGUGGAUACAGACCACGGACCGGUUAGGAUGCUGGCACCUGAUUGGGAUUCAAUGCAAGAUUGGGUCGCGUUACUCCGUACCAAACUGCACGAGCUACGCAUAUUGUCUCGGGGUGAGAAUGUGUACGGAGCACCCCCCGUAGCACCACCUCCUAGGGCUGCGGCAAGGGACCCAACAUCCCCACUACCUCCAACACCCCCCGUGCCACCUGAUCGAGUGCCAGGCAUAGAUUUGACACCUAUAACACGUGCAGUCGAAAUAGAACCGUCGAGAGAAAAUAUUACGACUACAGCACAAUCGAUUACUACGACCGUUUCAUCUACAACAAUUACCAAUACUACCAACACAAUAAUACCAACUUCAAGUACACAAACUGCCAACAUUCAAAAACAAAGUACCCCACAAAUCGCACAAAGUGUCCCCCAAAUCACACAAAGUGCCCCAUCAAAUCCAAUUCUCCCAAUCCCUAAAUCAAAUUUGACAUUUUCCAAUGUAACUUCACUGGCAAAUUCAUUGACUUCAACUGAAGUCGACAUAUCAAAUUGGGAGCCCUAUUCGCUGCCAAGCACGAGUCGUGAAGCCGAGCCAAAGAGUAUUAAAGUGUGCGGACAAAAUAUAUGUUUGGACGAUUCGAUUUUCAAAAGAGAUGUGACGGAUAGUGACGAGGAGUUCUUCAAUGAAGUCGACCGACUUCAUGAUGAAGCUGAGCAACUUCAGGAUGAAGUCGAAUUCAAACAGAGGGUUGUGGUUAAUAAUGAAGAGAAUACAGAGAGAGAGGAGAGUGUCCCUCAAAGGUCAAACGUUACAGUGAUACAAGUGUCCAACAAAGGUCCUCCACACACGGCCAUACCGGUCCUAGGACCCGAAACUGACGUUUUUGACUUUGAAUUCAAACAAAAACUCACGAUACCCGAAGAAAAUAAUCAAAACUUCGUGAAUAUUGUGAACACCGAAACUAGUAGUUACGGUACGGUGUUCGAUAAGCCGUCAGAAUACGGACACCUCAGCCUCACGACCACUGUCAGUUUGACAGGUGACAAGACAGCUGUUAACUUGACAAGUGACGGCCCCGUCAGUUUGACAGGCGCUGUCAACAACAACGGUGUGUACGAAAGGCUUUGUAUGGCGUCUACUUCAAACCGUACAGCCUCACCGUUAUCCGUUCGGAAAAUUAAAAGUAUAGAUAAAGUUAGAAAAUCAUCGUUGCCAAAUUUGGAAAUUGAAUCAGAUUACGAAUAUUUAUUUCCGUCUGGCAACACCGUCACUAAUAUAUCUAACGGUAAUAACUUACCAAAUCGCGCUAUUCAAAAUGGCCGAUCGAAUUCUAGUCAAGUUGGCAAUAUUGGGACGCAAAGUGUUAUGAAUAAUGGCAAUACCGUCCAAAAUGGACCGGAACCGGAAAUAUCAAGGAAUAUAGAUGAUAUAAGGCUGCGAUCGAACGUGGAGAGAUCUCAAAGUCAAAAUGCAUACGACAUUGCUCCAAGAAGGAGAGAAAAUAGAGUACAGAAUAAUGGUCCGAAACGAGAAGGAAAGAAUGAUACACCGGAACUCCACCCAAAACCAAUAUGGCGGCGUGGUUUAACAGAGCUGUCUCUGUUGAGUCGACUCCGCGGGAUAGCGCAGACUAAACGACAGGAGAGUCCCACUAGAAAUGAGCAAGAAGAUAGAGGAGUGACGUCACCGGCCAAAGUAGUGCACAGAUCUCGACCAGCCGCCAGAGUAGACAGUUCUAGAAGAAGAAGUAAUUCUCUGACUAAUAGCCAAUCCCCAUCGAUCCCGGCGAAUCCCGCGCUACAACCGCUCCGGGCGCGGCAGGUGGCAGCACUGAGAGCCGAGCAACGCCGUGGCGCUUGUGUAGUGGCGAGUGUCCCGGUGCGGGACGCGCCGCUGUUGUGCGAGUACGAGAAGCAGGUUUGGAUAGCGCGGUGGGGUAUAAGCGGGUACAGGUGCGGGGGUCGCGUGGGCGACCGCCUCGCGGCGCUAGCGGGUGCUCAGGUGACCGGUGUGGCGCAGGCGAGGCAGUUGUUGAAGGGUGCUAGUGCUCCUGUUGUAGACCUACUGUUCCACCGGGUGCCGCUUGGAAAAAUAUAUGUGGUUUACAAAAAGGAUCGCGAAAAUUUAGGUAUUAAGUUAGAUAACGAAUGUACAAUUACAUCAAUAUCGGCGCAGUCGCCGGCGUCCCGAGCGGGGCUCCCCGCGCGCGGCAAGUGGACCCUCACCGAGAUCAACAACCGACCCCUCGGGAUUGGGAAGGGAUGUGAAGAAGAAAUGAAUAGGUUAGCGUGUAACGGCACGGAGGUGUCGAUUUUGAUACAACCCGCAGCUUUAGUGAAGAAAAUAAGAGCAGCUAUAAAGGCAAGCAAACCCCUAUUGGGCAUUAGA